UUGUUAUCGCCAACACUAAUUUUUGGAGCCCAGCACGCUGCACGUUUGUUUUGAUUUUGUUGCCGCAGAAAAACCCUCGAAAUGGCAAAAACCAAGCGAAAUGUGAGAGCCAAGGCGAAGAGCGUGGUGGGGGCUGCCAAGCAGAAGGCGCAGGACAUGCAAGCGAAGCUGCGUCAGGAUCGACUGCUCCACAAGACCCUCACUCCCAAAAAGACGACAACCAAAAAGGAAAAAUCCGAGGCCAAACACAAGAAGCUCCUCAAACGCUUCGCCGAAACGCGAAAAGAACGCAAGGAGGAGCAGGCACGAAAGAAUCGUGAGAAGACUAAGGUCAUUGGGGAUCUAAAGCCACUCCGGGAUGCACUGCCGUCGCUGCAGGACAUCUACUCAAUGGUGAAAACCCGGUCAAAGGAUGCCGCCGAACGGGCAGUCCUCACAGAACCAGAGGCUCCUCUGAGUGCCAACGAGAAGAUCCGUAAGAAACGCACGGAAAUGGUCAACCGGGUGAAAUCCUUCGAGAAGCUCAUUAAGGACAAGAACUUUAAAAGGAAUCCCCGCGAAGUCGUCGCCUCCCACUUGCGAAACAAAUACCAGGCGAUGGAAGAGGAUGACGAUGAAUAGAAGCCACAUUUCAAAAACCUAUUCUUAAGUAAUACCAUUAAAAUACGAUAUUGUAUUUUAAACAAAUGACCAAAAAAAGAUGUCAGAAAGUCCUUUAAUUCUCCCUCUGUUAAGUGCCUCAAAAAUACAUUAUGCCCUAAACUUUAA